UUAGGCUCUUUUCCCGGUCUGCGGCUCUCGGAGUACUCAAGAGCGAGAUUCAAAGAGGCCUUCAACACUAGAGUGUUUUCUACACUCUGACUCCCCCCACGUCGGUGCCCCACCACUUCUGCGCUUGCCCUUUGACCCUGCGCCCGCGGCGGGGUGAGAGGUCGGUGGCCAUCUUGUGGCGGCUGUGCGGGUGGCUGUUAGUGCGGAGACCCAUCCCCUCCCGCGCCGGGCCCGCCGGCCGUCUGUCAGUCCGCAAAGAGUCCCGCAGCGGGUGGAGUGAGGCCCCGGCCUCGUGCCGUCACUCUUGCCGCCGCACUGGGCGGCCUAGGCCGCUCCCUGCCAGGCCUCGCCGCCGCCACCAUGUCCUCCUUCUCCGAGUCGGCGCUGGAGAAGAAGCUCUCGGAGCUGAGCAACUCUCAGCAGAGCGUGCAGACCCUCUCCCUGUGGCUCAUCCACCACCGCAAGCACGCGGGACCCAUCGUCUCGGUGUGGCAUCGCGAGCUCCGCAAAGCCAAAUCAAAUAGAAAGCUUACUUUUCUAUACUUAGCCAACGAUGUCAUUCAGAACAGUAAAAGGAAAGGACCUGAAUUCACGAGGGAAUUUGAGUCUGUCCUUGUGGAUGCUUUUUCUCACGUUGCCAGAGAGGCAGAUGAAGGCUGUAAAAAACCUUUAGAAAGAUUGCUGAACAUCUGGCAAGAAAGAAGUGUGUAUGGCGGCGAGUUCAUCCAGCAGCUGAAGCUGUCUAUGGAGGACUCCAAGAGCCCUCCCCCCAAAGCAACAGAGGAGAAGAAAUCUCUGAAGCGAACUUUUCAGCAAAUACAAGAGGAGGAGGAUGACGACUAUCCUGGAAGCUACUCUCCCCAAGAUCCUUCUGCAGGACCCCUCUUGACUGAGGAGCUGAUCAAAGCUUUGCAGGACCUAGAAAAUGCUGCAUCAGGGGAUGCUACUGUCCGACAGAAAAUUGCUUCUUUACCCCAGGAAGUGCAAGAUGUUUCUCUUUUGGAAAAAAUAACAGACAAAGAGGCAGCUGAACGUCUUUCAAAAACAGUAGAUGAAGCAUGUCUGUUACUAGCCGAGUAUAACGGGCGCCUGGCGGCGGAGCUGGAAGACCGACGCCAGCUGGCUCGGAUGUUGGUGGAGUACACCCAGAACCAGAAAGACGUUUUGUCAGAAAAGGAGAAAAAACUGGAAGAAUAUAAACAGAAGCUUGCUCGGGUAACCCAGGUCCGCAAGGAACUCAAGUCCCACAUUCAGAGCUUGCCAGACCUCUCGUUGCUGCCCAACGUCACAGGGGGCUUGGCCCCCCUGCCCUCUGCUGGUGACCUGUUUUCAACUGACUAGGGCAGGUGUCAUGCCCCAGAUUCCCAUCUGUACCAGCAGAAAGAAGAGGGCACGUCAUGGUUGGAAAUAACCUGGAAGCCCCUGGUUCUGUCCCUCGUUCAGUCAGCCCCCAUCCUCAAGAAAGAGCCACAGACUGAAUCUCCUCCCUCUGCGGCCUCUCCUCUGUCGAGCACAAUUGAGAACAGUGGCAAAUGGAAUCCAGUUUCACUGUAUACUUGGAAAGAAUACAAACUCACUUCAUGUUUCCAUGCCCCUGUUGGUUUUCCCCUUUUAGCCCUCUCUUGUACACCUAAGAAGUUAUGAAAAUCAUGUGUAGAAGAAUCUUGUCCCUCAUGACGACAUUGUGUCAUGAAAGCAGUUGCUCCUUUUCGAGCUGGGCUUGUUCAGGUUCAGGGCAGGCUUCUGCCAAGGGACUCGGGUCUGGAAUCGUUGGCUUUUCCUGGCUGCCAUCCACCCCAGAGGUUGGAGGCACAACUGUUUUGAGCGUCUUCGCCAUAAAGAGUUUGCCAAAUCUCAGAUUCUCCCUUGUUGUGACUUCUGGCAAUGUGUUGCCAGAGGUUAGGUGCACGUGUUCUGUGAGCAUACUAGAGAAUGUAGCAGUAAAGAUUCAAAGCUGAUCUGGGACAUCAAGCCACAGUUCCGAGACAGACUCACGGGGAUCACAAGCGUGAAUCAAAAAUAAGGUAUUUGCUCAAGGUUCCUAUCAACCUUCCCAGGCUGCUCUGAUCAAGAGUCCCGCCCUCUCUGUUCAGGAGCAUGUUUCUAGAAACAUUGUCCUUGCCCCACAUUGUGAAAGUUUGAGGCAGUUAUUAGAAAUAGCACAGUGGGCCCCUGAAACUGAAGGCUUUCUGGGAGUCCAGGUUCUGCUGUCGCUUUGACCCCUUUGGGGGAAUAGGGCACACACUACCAAUUAAUGCACUGUGUGGGCGCACGUCCACCGCAUGGUGACUAAACUUGAAGCUCUCCCCUGUAGACCCGACACUCUGCAUGCUUGUCUGUCCUUCAGUUCACACCACUGUACAUGUCUCUGUGCCCCUAGGAGGAGGAGUGCUUGGUGUCAGGUGUCGCUGAAUAACCCAUCUCGGGAAGGGGGAAAGUGAGGGAUAUUAAUUGGGGGGUCUUAAUUCCAUUAUCAUGCCAGCUGACAUUAUGACUGUAUGAUGUAGUUAGGAUUUUUAUCUUACUUUUAGUAAAGGCUAGGCCUGCUGUCUGUAAAUCAUUCUCAUUUGGCAGGCUGAUUUUUGACAUUGGAAAGGGCAGAAAACAAUUCGCCCUAAUAGUGUAAUAGGAAUUAGAGCCCGGAGGCUGAAAUCCAAAAGCUAUAAAAGGAAUUCCUUGGAGGGGGCUUCAGGAUUUCCAUCAUUUUGAGUUGCUCUUUUCAGGAUUACCAAAAAAACCAGUUACAUGUGAUUCUACAUGUUCAACGUGUUAGAGCAUGGUGAUGUCUGCUUUUAGAAGUGUAACAGGCUUCCUUUCAGGAAGCUCUCCUGCCUGCCAUGAAGCGAAAACAAGGAAAAGUCGCAGCAGGUAUGCAGUUUAACUCUGUAGAACCUCGUAGCAUUUAAGCUAUUUUUCAGAUUGAAUACGGACUGUGUGUUGGUUACAUAUCGACACUGCCUGUCGUCCUGUCAUUAUUAAAUUAAUGGGUCUGUCUGUAAAGUGUUUCUCCCAGAGGCCAUAGGGCAGUAAAUGACUUUAUCACAAUUGCAAAAUAAAUUCCAGCCUUUGCUGUAUCUGCAUAUGAGCCCCUCCCCAUGUGGUGUGCUGCUGUGGUCUUGCAGGCGAGCUGCUUCUAAACAGAUUGCCAUGGACAUACUCUGCUUUCACCAAGGAAGCAGAAUCUUAGCAGCCACAAACCAAUCAAAAAGGUGGAGAAGGCAUUUGCUCUCAUCAGCUAGAUGAAAAUGUUAUAUAACAUAAUGGAUUUUGCCCACUGCUGUGUUUUAUCUGAUUGAGUCUUUGAUUAGAGAUUGGUGCGUAAUUAUUACAGCAAGAGCAAGAGAUGAAACUGUAGCAAUUAUGUAAAUGAAUGUGUUGGCCUCUUAACACCUGUUACUAGUAGACUUCCUAUAAGGAGGUUAGUCCUGUUUUUUUUUUUUUCCCCAAUGAAAUGCUUUUGUUUUUUAACUCAAUUCUCCCACAUCCUCCCCAAGUGUACUUUUUACUUCAUUUGUUUAAUUUAAAUGACCCUUUCUCCUUGUAUGUAUGAGGUGACCAGGUGGGGUGGGGGUGGGGGGUUUGUUUUGUGUUUUCCUACACUUAGGACAUCCAUCAGCCUCGAAGACCUUUCCUUUAGGUCAUGUUCCUCAGAAAGUCUUCAAUCUUCCUUUGUUUUGUUUUGUUUUUUUCUUAAAGAAUAUUUUUAAAGCUUAAAUUUGUAUAUUAAUUUAGGACUUUAUUUAGAAGUAUAGGCUGCCAUUGGCGGUAGCAGUAUAUUCUGAAAUGUCUCAUAGAUAUAUAUUUUUGAAUAAAGAUGGUGUUGU